CUGAUGACGUCGAUUGCGCAAGAGACUUGAUGACCAGCUUCACUUCGCUCAUAAUAAGUGACGGCAAUAAAACCGUGAUUCACUUACUUUCAUUUCGUUUGCUUCCCUCAGGACAUAUAUCAUCCUGACUCUCACUACGCUCGAGAAUUGAAACACCUCGAGUCCGUACAAAUCAAUUACAACAACUCAUCAUGUCUUACGGACGAGACGAAUACGGUGGUGGUGGACGUGGUGGUGACAACUAUAACGAUCAAGGCCAACAACGCGGCGGCUACGGUGGAGGGGGCGGCGGCUUCGGUGGUGGUCAAGGAGGUGGCUUCGGCGGUGAAGAAGGACGCCACCAUCAUGGUCGACGCGAAGAGGAAGGUGGAUUUGGCGGCGGUCAAGGUGGCUAUGGCGGAGGCCAAGGUGGCGGUUACGGAGGAGGUGGUCAAGGUGGUGGUUACGGUGGAGGCCAAGGUGGUGGUGGUGGUGGUGGAUAUGGCCAAGAAAGUGGUGGUUACGGUGGUGGUUAUGGAGGUGGUGGUGGUGGUGGUGAUGGUGGCUACGGACAGCAAAGUGGUGGCUAUGGAGGCGGUUCUGCCGGCUUCAACCAGGACGAAGUCAUGCAACAUACCCAGCGACACGGCAACUCUCAAGAUGCCGGUAUGUACGGCCAGGCCAUGUCAUAUCUCGGCAACAACCAAAGCAGCAUUCAGUCAGAGGGUUUGGACGAAAGCCGACUUCAGCAGAGUCACCAGCAACUCUAUCAGCAAGGUGGAGGCGGACAACAACAUGAUGCCAACAGCCUAGGUGCAGGCGCAGCGAUGCAAGCACUGAAGAUGUUCCAAGGUGGCGGUGGUUCGAGCAGCGGCUCUGGCGGACAAAACCAGAUGGUAUCUAUGGCAAUGCAGGAAGCUUCCAAACUGUUCGAUCAGCAGAGCAGUCAAGGCAACGUGACGGGAGGUACAGACAAGCAAUCGGCCAUCAACUCGGCAGGCAAAAUGGCGCUCCAGAUGUUCAUGAAGAGUCAGGGAGGUGGUGGCGGUGGCUCGUCAGGAUUGAUGAGCUUGGCCAGCAAGUUCUUCUGAUCUGAGUUAUCCAGAUCCUCAGCUCCACGGAUCCAUGGAUAUACACAAGAGUACCACAGAACUCAAGAAUCGAUCCCCGAGGUCGAAUAUCGGACUAGCUGCAUAGCGUUAGUUAUUUAGCUGAUCCCUUCAAGGCACAAGUUUUAGAGUUGGUGGAGAAGCCACUUGGUCGAUACAGGCAACUUGACCGACAAGGGCUCGUCAUGCCUUUUGCUUGCGUGUGAACCCGAACCCCUAGCUGGAGGUUU